AUGGCUUUCAAGAAGCCUCCGCAGGCACCACCUAGCUUCAUAGCUACACCUGAUUCUGUUGUCGCAGAUACCAAAUUUAUGCUAGCAAGUUCAAAGCAACUUACGGAUGACAUUGUGGCACGUGUUUCACCGAAGGAUGCCUCUUUCAAGAAUGUCCUCCUUCCAAUGGCCAAUGAUGAAAAUCAGCAGACGUUGAAGGCUCAUAUUCUAGGCUUUUAUCAGUCCGUCUCUACUGAUCAAGCUUUGCGAGAUGCCUCAACCGAAGCAGAAAAGCUUAUGGACGAUUUCAGCAUCGAAGCGGCUAUGCGUGAAGAUGUUUUCAAAUUGGUGGACGCAGUGCUCAAAUCGGGGGAGAGCUUGGAUCCCGAAUCACAAAGACUUCUAGAAAAGGAGCAUAAGGGCUACGUGCGCAAUGGUUUGAAUAUCCCAGCUGGACCAAAACGUGAUCGAUUCAAAGAGAUCAAGAAACGUCUCAGCCAGUUAGGAAUUUCAUUCUCCAAGAAUCUGAAUGAAGAGAAUGGAGGCCUCUGGUUUACUGCGGAGGAGCUCGAUGGUGUCCCCGCGGACGUCCUCUCUCUCCUCAAAAGGGAGGGAGACAAAUAUUGGCUUACGUUCAAGUAUCCUGACCUGUUCCCAACUCUCAAAUACGCCACCAAUAGCGAAACGCGAAAGAAGGUCUUCAUUGCGAAUGAGAAUAAAUCAAACCAAAAUGUCCCAUUGUUCCGCGAGGCAAUCUUGCUCCGGGAUGAAGCUGCCCGUCUCCUAGGAUAUCCCAAUCACGCCGCAUUUAGAAUUGAAGACAAAAUGGCUAAGACUCCAAAAACCGUGGAUGACUUUCUCGGAGACCUGCGUGGUAGACUGAGUCAAGGCGGCCUUGAUGAGAUAGCAACGCUUAAGGAGUUAAAGAAAGCGGAUCUCAAGUCUCGUGGACAAGAAUUCGAUGGAAACUACUAUUUGUGGGACCACCGAUUCUACGAUAGAGUCAUGGAGGAGAAAGACUACCAACUCGAUCAACAGCUCAUCUCUGAAUAUUUCCCUCUUCAAAACUGUAUCAAGGGCAUGCUUGAAAUAUUCGAAGAAAUAUUUGGUCUCCAGUUUAUGGAGAUUGUGGGAGCCGACCGUGAUAGCAUCUCCCCAACAGGAAAGGGUAACGACAUUGUGUGGCAUGAAGAAGUGCAGGUCUUCAGUGUUUGGGAUGAUGAGGGAGAAGGUGGUGGUUUUGUCGGAUACCUCUAUCUUGACCUUUUCCCUCGCGUUGGCAAGUAUGGACAUGCUGCAAAUUUCAAUCUUCAACCUGGCUUCAUUCAGGAGAACGGAACAAGAAGAUACCCGGCUACUGCACUUGUCUGCAAUUUCUCAAAACCCACGGCAAAGAAGCCCAGCUUGCUGAAGCACGAUGAAGUCACCACUCUCUUCCACGAACUGGGUCAUGGUAUUCAUGACCUUGUUUCUCGUACUACCUAUUCUCGGUUCCAUGGUACCAACACUGUUAGGGAUUUUGUUGAGGCUCCGAGCCAAAUGCUUGAGAACUGGUGCUGGACUCCUUCUCAAUUGAAGUCACUCAGCAAACACUAUUCCACAAUAUCGUCGGACUACUACGACUCGUGGCGCGAGCAUGCUGGGUCAGAUGUGACUACACCAGAUGAACACAUACCCGAUGAUCUCAUUCAGAAACUUAUCAAGACUAAGAACCUCAAUGGUGCUCUCUUCAAUUUACGACAGCUCCACUUCGGCAUCUUCGAUAUGACCAUUCACGAACCCAAAGAUCACGCUAGCUUGGAAGGAUUAAAGAUUUCCGAGACUUAUAAUGCCUUGCGAAAGGACAUUAGCAAGAUAGACGGUCCAGAGGCUCUAGGAGAGGGUAACGGUUGGGGUAACGGUCAGGCCACUUUUGGCCAUCUCAUGGGUGGCUAUGAUGCCGGAUAUUACGGCUAUCUCAGUUCUCAAGUAUAUUCAACUGAUAUGUUUUACUCUGUAUUCAAGAAGGACCCCAUGAACCGCACUGAAGGCCGAAGAUAUCGACACACUGUUCUAGAGAAAGGAGGCAGCCAGGAUGAGAUGAAGACCCUCGUUGAGUUCCUCGGCAGAGAGCCCAAGACUGAUGCCUUCUAUGAGGAAUUGGGCAUUGCGAAAUGA